UCGAGGUGCCACGUUAUCGACACCUCCUCACGCGAUUCAGCCGGACGGAUCGGUACCGACGAUUGCAUAUUGUCGUAGUAAUCGGGUCGUAAUAAUCGUGCUAUGUGGAACGCGAUCCGUGCUCCCGAAAAAGUGAUUCGUUGUUGACCACUCAUAUCGUCGGAUGUUUCAACAUCGGAUGUUUUAGCCGAAUCUUCUGGUGCCAAGGACGCAGUGAAUAGCCCGUCUGAGAUGCUGAAGUGGACGGUCUCGAGAUCGUUGUCGACGACCAGCUCGACACCUCACGGUCCGCCCACCUUGAAUAAAGCACCUCGCAGGCCUUUUCGAGACUUGUCCAACACACCGCCAACCUCUACUACCCGAACUAGACAAGUAACCGCUCAGAAUGUGUCGAAUGCGUCCAAGACGACGCCGGCGCGAAGGAGAAGAUGCAGAAGUCAUGGGACUGACUUGAGGACGUAUUUUCAGGCUACAAAGCCGCACUCGAGGCCGAACAAACGCCAAUCCAUGUCGCAGAACGGAGUCGAAAAUUCCUCGACUACGGAGAGCUUCUAUCAAAGCACGCCGAGAGUGGACACCGAUAUCGGCCCGCUUAUGUUCUGUCCGGCCGGUGGCAAGUGCUCCACUGCCCUCACCCUGCCGACGGACCCCGCGCUCUUCAUGAACAGCCGAGCCAGGAAUUUCCCGAGCGACAACGAGCUACCGCAGAACGUGGUCAACGAAGCGCGCGCAAAUCUGCAGUCGCACGUGUCCGACUUCUUUCAGCAGAUCUCGAUGGCAACUAGCCCCGAGGACGUGAUGGAGGCGGACUCGAUGCCGCUGGGUAAAACCAAGGUCUGCUCCAAAGGUGUCGAGCAGAAGACAACACGGCACGUGAGGACACCGUAUUUGCCAAAGUUGGCGAAGAUCACGAAGAUCCAUGCGCGAUGCAAGACGCCGUAUCACACUAAGCUCGCGCAAGCGAUCAGCCCCUUCAAGCAGAAGACGCAGGGACAGACGCCGCUGGUCGGCAAGCUGUCGAGUCUGACUAUAGACCAGGAUUUACCCAAGUUCGAGAAUAUGGAUAACACUGUAACGGAAGUGCUGCACAGAGAGCAGGAGGUAAACUUUGGGAGCAAGACCGUAGCGGAAAUUCUUUUGGGGGAUGUCGAAGAGAGAAGCAAGAUCCUGGAAGCGUCCUGCGAACAGCAGUCAGAUGCAAAGACAAUGGAACACAUAUACGAGACUAUCGCAGAGCAGGACGAGGUGGCAGAGGAAGAAUCGCCGGCGCGCAACGACAGCUCUAUAUCAUCAGUUAGCCAACUUCUCGAGGACCCUUCGCCAGUCUCCUGGGCGUUCACGUCGCCUUUGAACGACCUGGAGGGCGAGUUCACGCUCAAGAGGCAACGCGGCAUUCGCAGGAAACGUCCGCGAAAGGACGGCGAGCAGUCGGUGGUCGGUAAACGCGCGAAAAGAACGUCCAGUCUUUCCGCGACGGAUAAUCAGGACGCGUUGAUCGAGGCGAUUAAUCCAAACGUGAAGAAGCUCGCGUUAGAGACGGAUCUCGAUUCCACCUUGGACGAAAGACACGUGCCAGCUCUGAAGACGUCCUUCUGCGGCGCGAACGAUCGCAAAGAGGUGGAUAUUAGCAGGAAGACCAGAAGUUCCUGGGACCUCGACAGUCCCAAAUCGUCCAUGAUGGACGACCUGCACAGUUCAAAAUCGUUCGUCACUUCUGUGUCCACCACUCCGGAGGUGCCCCUGAUCGCGACUGUCAGACGGUGCUUGAAGUUCAGCCCCGAAGGCGAACCGUUGAGAUCCAACUGCCGCGGCUCGAUCGAGAUCGAGUGCUCUCUCGUGGCAGAGCACAUACACGUGCGAGUGAUAAGGUGCAAGGACCUGAGGCGAGCGUACGAGGGACCGGUACACGCGUAUGUCAAGGCGAGCUUGAAGAACACUAGUGGCGAAGGAGUUGUGAAGAGAACCGCGGUCCACCGUGCUACGCCGAACCCGGUGUUCCGCGAGACUCUGGUAUUACCUUGUCCGGCGUAUAACAGUCAUUGCACCGGCAGGCCCACGUCCCUGGACAUCGCUGUCUGGCACCGGGAUCGUCGUGCGAGACGUAGCGAGCUGCUGGGCUGCAUGACUCUUCCCCUGCCUCUCUCCCAAGAUAAGGAAGCGACAUGGCAUCCCCUCGAAGCCGGAUCCGUCCGAAACGCGAGCACCCCUUUCGCGGGUGUACCUCAGGACUGCGUUGUGUCGCCGCCAUUAUCCAAGGACGGCGAGCUAGAUAAUAACAAUUCUGGCACGGAUGAUUUGAUGUACCUGAGGCACUUGGAGCUAGAGCCGGUAGAUCCCCUGACGGGUUUGCCAUUACACCCGGGCUUCACGGCGAGGGGCGGCAGAACGCCUUGUACUGUCACGAGAAGGCUGAUAAGGCAAACCUCGGUCACCCAGAUCCCAUGGGGAUUUUCGUUAUCGUGGGGCAGACCACCUCGAGUGGAACGUGUGGACACGGGAAGCCCCGCGGAACGUUCCGGAUUGCGGCCGGGCGAUCAUGUGGUGUUCGUCGAGACGACAAACGUCGUGACGAGGCCACGGGACGAGAUUUUGGGUCUCAUCCAGGCCGCCACGAACCAGCUGGUGCUGGAAGUGUAUCGUAAGGGUGGCGUCCAUUCCGGCAGCCACAACAGGCCCAGUUCGGUCAACGCCACUCUUCAGCAGUCCGCCGCCGGCCCGAACAGCCAACACGCGGUCACGUUCAGCGCCGAGGUCUUUCCGAAUCUGGCGCCUGACGCACCGCCCGAGGAGGAAUUAACCGUACGGGAGAGCAGGUACUGGGGGAUACUAAAGAGCGGCCACACGCGCUUCAUGACCCCGCUGUGCGAACGGCGUGACGUUCUGACGGCGGCGGACUACCUGAUCCUCUUCCAGAACCUGGACGAGCUUCUAAAGCUGUCCGAGGAAAUCAGGGACGAGGGCGGCGGCAUCGACAGCUAUCUCUGCAGAGUUCCUAAAAUCACAGCUGCCUACCGAAGAUACCUCAGUGGCCUACAACGUGCCUGCUGCCUCUUGGUUGCUCUUAGACGGAACACGUCCUUCGCCAAGUUAGUCUGCGAGCCUGCUGUGCCGCACAAACGCCGCCCCGAUCUCACCGGGGUGCUACUUCAACCCUUAGAGCACUACAGAGAGAUGACGAGAUUGUUGGGUCAGGCGUCCCCACGAAGUUGCCAGCAAGCGAGGGACUUGGCCCAUGGCUAUAGAGAGGCUACGGCUAACGCGGGUGUCAUGGAACCACCACGAGAUACCGGAAGGCCACUGUUGAGCCUGCAAGAAGUGGAAUCUCGACUGGUGUUCGCGAGAUGCAAGCCGUUCACCUUAGCAAUGCCGGGGAGACAAUGGCUCUUUGGCGGCGCCCUCGCCAAAGUGGAAGGCCGAGCGCGGCUGCAGCCGUCUUGGGCGCUGCUGUUAACGGACCUUCUGGUGUUCGCGCGAGUAUCGAGGGACCGCGUGCUCUUCGUCACCGAAGAGCCUCUACGACUGUCCAGCAUCGCCGAGGCGUGCUUCAACGUGCGAAAGAAGCCGACGGAGUUUCGACUGCAGGUCUCUGUAAACGCGAACGGCAACGCGGAGAACGGCCACGCCGAGGUGGUAAACAGCGGCGGCUGCAGCCCCCAUAGUCGCCUUCGAAGACGUGUCCUCGUCCUCCGUGCGCCUAGCCCGGAGCUCAAGGCAGUUUGGCACAAUCUUCUUCAGCGACAAAUCAUCUAUGUGAAUACAGGCUGUGGCUUGAGCUCGUCGGCACAGGAUAGCCCCGAAGAGAACCCGAUUGUUGGUAGCAAUUUCGCCGUGACUAGGGAGCUCACGAACAGUCCACAGGUUGUAAGAGAGCCUCGGCAAGUCGACGAGGAAGAGAAGGAAUCGCACUCCGGCGAGAGUCUGGAAGCUAUCCUGAAGAGCUCGCGAGAGAACAAUCACCUGGCGCAGUGGGUGCGCAAUUCGCAUCAGAUUCCGCCGCCGGAUCACGAGGGCUCUCUCGAGGAAUGGACGGCCGAGGAACUGGCGGCUAGAGCUCCUCGAGAAAGCAACAGCCGAUCGAUUCAGGAUACCGUGACGGAGGAGAUUGUCACGGCGAAUUCCGACGUGGAGCAACAGAGCACAGCGUCGAGCGCCAGUCUGAGCACUGUCAAGUCGAACAGUAUGACGCGAAAAAAUGGCAGCCACAUGUCUUCAAAAGAGAACUCGACGAGUUCGAUCAACAUCUGCCGGAGAUGCCACAGAUCGGGAUGCCCUACGCCUCCGUUGGCGAGAGACCCGUUUUCACCGUUGCCGAAGAUCUCGGUCCUACCACCAACGCCCGAUCUUUGUACGAGACACAGACUGCGAAACGGACUGCACGACAGUCCGGGACGUAACAGUCCCAGUUAUACGCCAGCGGAUGGCAAUACCGAGGAUGGCAGCGAGGAUGACCUUGAUUGCGAUGGAGAACCUCCUUAUAGAGCCUUGAGGCGGUUUGGCACAAUGAGUAGCUUGGAUCAGGAUGACGAGCUGGACGAGCAGGGGGACGACGACAACAGGGACUCAGAGUCGCCACCGUCCGGCUUGAGAGCGUGGACUGCUCGAGCGAGCAACUACGUCGUUAGCAAGAUGGUUCUUUUGGAGCAACUCGGCGAGAAUGUCGGCGGUUACCUGCUUCACCCACCGGUACCGCCGGAGAGGACCGAGUUCUCAUUGGAUCCGAAUGACGAGGAGGGUACUACGUCCGGAGCGACUUCGGGGGACGACAUAUGGGGCACGCCGACCUCCGGCGGGCCGGACGACGAGAGUUUCACCGCUAAUUCGCCGCCGCCGAACGGCACCGGCAGCAGCAGCGGCGCGGGAGGUGGCGAGGACAAUUACGGUCUAAAUCUAUCAGCGGAGGACGACGGCGACCAGGAGUCGGAGAGCGAGGAUUGCUCGUUGCCGGAGCUGAGCAUGGACCAGCUGCUGGGCGGCGGUAGUCUGAGCUCGCUGCGCUGCUACCUGGGCAGGAGGCGGCUGGAGCCGCUGCCCGAAGAAGAGGACUCGCCAGGUAGCGGCGGCAAGCACCAGGUCGGAUGGUGGUGACAGCGGUUUCAAACGACGACCUCCUCGGCCAAGGGCGUCCU